AUGGCCAAGCAAGACACAUCAGACGACGUGACUCGUAACCCCUACCGAGGUAUCUUUAACGAUAUCAAAGCCAGUGAAUGGCCUUUCCUUCCCCCAAUGAAAGAUGAUCAGCUUCGAAAGGCAGCUACUACUCAUACUUCGGUAGUAUCUACCAUUGACAAUAAUCAAUAUAGGUACGAGAGAUUAGUCUUCAUAGGUGAAGGUGUACUCUUCAGCUUUAUCACUUUGUUAUUGCAAGAUAUUUAUCCUGAUAUAAACCGGGAAUCAGCUUCAAUCCUUCGAGGUAAACUUCUUUCGCCACCCAUCCUUUCUGCAAUAUCAAUUCAUUACGAUAUCCCCUCCAUGGUUAUUUCCAGUCGACACGUAGUUGAAAUCAAUAAGAAAUCAAUCAAAGCCACUGCGGAGAUGUUUCAAUCUUAUCUCGGGGGUUUAUUCUAUUCUUAUGAAAAAGAAUAUUAUUCAAUGUACGAUGAAAAUAAGAUCGAUCCUGUACUCAAAGAAAAAAUUCACAGUCAAGGAAAUCAGCCUCAAGAGUAUCCCUACGAGGGCUCGCAGAAGAAGAACAACAAAAGAAGAUUAGAACAUGGAUCGACAAAACCAACUGAUGUGCAAAUUCAGGUUCAAGCCCAAGCUUCGGCCUACAUGCAAAUUACCCCUUUUUUGCCACAAUUAUUCCAACCUAUUGCUAUGUCAAUUUAUGAUCCUACCGAGAUUUCCUUCCGAGAAAUACUGAGCACCUCUAAAGAUGCUAAGGCCGAACUUCACAUGGUCUUAAGUCAAAACCAGCUACCAAUGCCAACUUACUCUGAAGAUCCGGUGUUACCACCUGUCGAUCAGAGAAAGGGGGAUCAAGGAUUGAGAUGGAAAGUCAGCUGCAAGGCUAAGGGACCAAAUGGCGGGGUUACCGUUAAAGAGGAAGCUAUUGCGCAGAACAAGAAGGAUGCGGGGAACAUAGCUGCUUAUCUCGUUUUACAGAAGAUUAGAGUAGUGAUUGCAAGAGAGCGAGGGAGAAAUCAAGAAACUGACAGAGAAGGAGCCGUUAGUGGAUUUCAUACUUAA